AUGUACCCUAAAAAUCUCCCUUAUCCUCGGCGAGGAUACCCGGGUUAUACCCCGCAAUAUCCAGGGGUAUACAGCAAUUAUCCCUUCGGCGCGGAAAUGAGCCGAAUCCCGAACAUGAUGUUGCAAAAGUUUUACUAUCCGUAUUGGGGCAACGGCUAUCAAGGCGCUCAACCAUACCCAAACAAUUACUACGGUGCCCAGCCACAAACUGGCGGCGUUUUGUCAACUCUACUCGGUAUCCUCAUC